AGAUGAUGGAGCAGAGGGUCGGAGACGACGUUUGGUGUAUUGCAUUUAUAAAGUAUGAAGGUUUGGCAAGGUAUCUACUCAAUCGUACGCAACAGGACCUAGAUGACGACCUUGCCUGCAUCUGGUAGAAAUCAACCCGCUUCAAGAUGCAUGUGCACUCGAGGACGGCAGCAAGGAAUUGCAUUUGGAACACAUCAACUGGAGGUAUUCUCCGACCGGUUUCUGGCAACCUUGCCGGUAUUGAUUCAUCAUUUGCUUUUCGAAGAAAUGAAGAAUCAUGCCAUUACCGGUGUUGUUGUGCUUCAGUAUAGAAUCUCUGCAUGGCACUCUGUCGAAGGUAAAUUCAUCAAUGAGCUUUGGCAAUGGAAGCUUGUCGUCCCACUGGGAAAUCAUAAACUAUUUCAAAAAAAUUAUGAUCAAGACAGGGGGGAGGGAACAUCCCCAACUAGUGUCAGUUAUAUACAUGAAGAGUGCGGUGGUUAG